CACACGUUGUUGGAGGCUGUAACAGGUUGCAGCAGGUCUCGGGAAAGAGCCGGGAAGUGCUGAGAAGAAAGAGUCAGAAGCCCGACCACGGCCCGCCGAGGCUUGGAUUUUCUAGAGGCGGGGAGUUGACCUGGACGCCAAGCAGCUGCGACUUUGGUACUUCUUCGAGCAAACCAAGAGACGCACUUCGGCUUUUCACACUGCGAGGGCGGAGUUAGCGGGCUGGCGGACCGGAGGAAGGAUCGAAAGGCUGGGGGAAGGGAGGCGGGUCUGAGUGAUUCUGGCUCCCGCGUCCGGGUUUUGCCUGCGAGAGGUUUGCUGGAGGAGACGAUGGAGUCCGGUUUGGUGAGUAAAUCUGUUGAUGGCUUAGUGAUCGGCAGUGGGUAGAUGAGACUACCACUACGGUGAAGGAACCUCCGGGUAUCCCUGUCCUUGCACGGCCUCAUGUUCUUAAGGAAAACAGCGUUCAACAGUAUUGAUCCGGACAUUAAAUGGAAGCCAGCGGCUUAAGGUGAACAAGUUGGGAACCUUUGGAUGUCACUGUAAUGAUUGCAUUGGUGGUUGGUGCAGUAUCUGUUCUAUUGCUGUUUUUUAAAGCAGUGAGCUCUCAAAAGAAGAGUAAUCUGGUUACCUUGCAAGACCCAAAUAUCAAGUAUCCACUGGGUUUGAUAGAGAAAGAGGAGAUUAGCCAUGAUACCAAGAGGUUUCGGUUUGCGCUUCCAUCAUCAGAGCACAUAUUGGGCUUGCCCGUGGGUCAACAUGUGUAUCUCUCUGCCAAAGUUGCUGGCAAUCUUGUGAUCCGGGCCUACACUCCAGUUUCUAGCGAUGAUGUGAAAGGUUAUGUUGAUUUAGUUAUAAAGGUUUACUAUAAAAAUGUUCACUCCAAAUUUCCAGAAGGUGGGAAGAUGUCCCAACAUUUAGACAGCAUGAAAAUUGGUGACACCAUAGACUUCAGAGGACCUAAUGGGCUCCUGGUAUAUAAUGGAUCAGGUAAAUUCACUAUCAAGCAGGAUAAGAAAUCUGAAGGAAAGAUAAAGUUUGCAAAACAUCUUGGAAUGAUAGCUGGUGGAACAGGGAUCACUCCAAUGCUUCAGCUGAUCCGGCACAUCACAAAGGACCCCAAGGACAACACCAAGUGUUACCUUCUUUUUGCUAACCAGACAGAACAAGAUAUACUGUUGAGAUUGGAACUUGAAGAUGUAGCUGCAAAUCAUCCUGACCAAUUUAAAUUCUGGUAUACAUUGGACAGGCCUCCUCAAGGAUGGAAGUACAGUUCUGGUUUUGUUACUGCAGACAUGAUAAAGGAUCAUCUUCCUGCCCCCAACAAUGACACUCUGAUUUUGAUGUGUGGGCCUCCACCCAUGAUCCAGUUUGCUUGUCAACCUAAUCUUGAAAAACUAGGGUAUGCUAAAGAGCGUACUUUUGGUUAUUGAAGCUGAAGUGAUACCAAUCCCUGAUUAAAUGCUAUAAAUACACAAAA